AUGCUCUCACUUAUUUCUGCUCUCCUUUUUGUUAAUGCUUCCGUACAACUGUCCGACUACUCACAAGCUGUCUUGAAGCCUGUUGAGGCUGCAGAUAAUAUCCUCAGACGACAAGCUGCUCAACCAUAUGACGAUGACUACACCGGACCGUUCUGGACGUCGGAGCCAAAGUAUCCAUCCCCGUGGGGUGCUGGCACGGGAGAUUGGGCUACAGCCUACGAAAAGGCCCGUGCCUUUGUCAGUGGCUUGACUUUGCUGGAGAAGGUCAACCUCACGACCGGCGUUGGCUGGGAAUCCGAUCGAUGUGUCGGAAAUACUGGCUCCAUUCCUCGCCUUGGCUUCGAGCCACUGUGUAUGCAGGAUGGCCCGCUAGGUAUCCGUUUCGCCGAUUAUGUUUCUGCUUUCCCCGCUGGUCUGAAUGUGGCUGCCACAUGGAGCCGUGAUCUUGCGAGAGCUAGAGGCGAAGCCAUGGGAGCCGAGAACAGAGACAAAGGUGUCGAUGUACAGCUCGGCCCCGUCUGUGGACCCCUCGGCCGCCAACCUGAAGGUGGUCGAAACUGGGAAGGUUUCAGUCCCGAACCGUACCUGACCGGGGCCUUGAUCGGCCCUACCAUCCAAGGCAUUCAAAGCCAAGGCGUCAUGGCAUGCACGAAGCAUUUCAUUGGAAACGAACAGGAACACUUCCGCCAGGUUGGGGAAUCCAUUGGCUACGGCUACAACAUCACCAACGCCCUCAGCUCAAAUAUUGACGACAAGACUAUACAUGAACUCUACCUUUGGCCUUUUGCGGAUGCAGUUCGGGCUGGUACAGCUUCAGUCAUGUGCUCUUAUCAGCAGGUGAACAACUCUUAUGCUUGUUCCAACUCUUACACAAUGAAUCACCUUCUCAAGGGUGAGCUCGGAUUCCAAGGCUUCGUCAUGUCAGACUGGCAAGCUCAACAUUCCGGAGUUGGCACAGCCUUGGCUGGGCUCGACAUGGCGAUGCCUGGUGACACACUGUUCAACACCGGAUAUACCUACUGGGGCACUAAUCUAACCAUUGCUGUGAUCAACGGUACUAUUCCUGAAUGGCGGCUGGACGACAUGGCCACGAGAAUUAUGGCAGGUUAUUACUAUGUUGGUCGUGACACCAACAGGGUUCCGACCAACUUCUACGCCUGGGGCCAGGACACAUACGGACACGCUUCGGCCGCUGAUCUCAAUUCCCCUCUUGUCAUUGUCAAUGAACACCUGAAUGUCCAAGACGAGCAUCGCAACAUCAUCAGACAGAUCGGCCAGGCGUCGAAUGUCCUUCUGAAGAACAACGGCGGUCUCCCACUUACAGGUCAGGAAAAACAGGUUGCCGUGAUCGGUUACGAUGCUUGUGGCAACCCUUGGGGCCCCAAUGGUUGUCCAAACCGUCAAUGCAACAAUGGAACUCUGGCCAUGGCUUACGGUAGCGGCACCUGCGAGUUUCCAUAUCUGGUGACACCAGAACAGGCUAUCCAGCAGUAUAUCCUUACAAAUACCGAUUCGGAGGUCUUCACCAUUUGUGACAACUACGCAGACUCUCAGAUCCAGAGCCUUGCCACCCAAGCAGAUGUGGCCAUUGUUUUCGCAAAUGCCGACUCCGGCGAAGGCUUCAUCACUAUCGACGGCAAUACUGGCGAUCGCAAUAACUUGUCCCUGUGGGAAGGAGCGGACCGCUUGAUCAAUAAUGUCACCAAGUAUAACAACAAUACCAUCGUGGUCAUGCACACCGUGGGCGCUGUCAAUGUUUCUGCAUGGUAUGACAACGAAAAUGUCACUGCUAUCCUAUGGGCUGGCCUCCCCGGCCAAGAGAGCGGUAAUGCUCUUGUCGACGUACUCUACGGCCUCAUAAACCCUGGUGGAAAACUGCCCUUCAGCAUUGCCCGGAACCAGGAUGACUAUGGCACCGAUGUCCUAUACGAACCCAACAACGGGCAGUUUGGUGCCCCUCAAGUCCUCUUCUCCGAAGGUGUGUUCAUCGAUUAUCGACACCUCGACGCGGCGGGAAUCGAGCCAAUCUACGAAUUCGGAUUCGGCCUCAGUUACACCACUUUUGAAUAUUCCAAUUUGGUCAUCACUCCGGGAAAUCCAGCACCAUAUGUCCCCGCCGGUGGAUUGACAGGGCCGGCCCCGGUCUUGGGUAAUGCAUCCACGGAUCCGUCCUUGUACCUCUUCCCCAAUGCCAGCAUCCCUUAUCGUUACUACGAAUUCAUCUACCCGUACCUCAACACCACCGACCUCGACGCUGCGUCGGCUGAUCCUGAUUAUGGCCUUCCAACUGAUCAGUAUGUCCCGGACGGUGCGACUGAUGGCUCACCGCAGCCCGUCCAGCCAGCUGGAGGUGGACUUGGCGGCAACCCUCUCCUUUACGAAGUUGUCGCAACGGUGACGGCAACAAUCACCAACACUGGGGAUGUUGUCGGUGAUGAGGUCGUUCAACUGUACGUUUCGCUUGGGGAGGGAGAACCACCGAAAGUCCUUCGUGGAUUCGAUCGCCUGACAAUUUCACCUGGUGCAUCAGCCACGUUUACCGCCGAGCUCACUCGCCGGGAUGUGUCCGUCUGGGAUACGACGGUUCAGAACUGGGUAGAGGUCAGCAACCCAACCAUUUACGUCGGCGCUUCGAGCAGAAACCUCCCGCUAUCAGGCACUCUGUCCAGCGGAGCUUCACCGCCGUCGCCAGCUCCAGGUCCCAGUUCAGGAAAUUACAGCUCGCCUUCAGUAGGCCCGUCUUCCAGCUAUGGUGCGCCUACAUAUUCCUGGAGCUCAGGUUAUGGACAACCCACUGGGCCGCCGGUUUCUCAAAUCUCGGACGGACAGCCCCAAGUCAUCAGCCAGAUUUCGGACGGCCAGCCCCAGUGGAGUGCUCCAGUUACGCAAAUCUCGGAUGGACAACCUCAGGUUACGACGGCAUGA